UUCUUCCUACACCAAAUACCUCUUUAAGCUACUCCAAUUCCCUUUCCAGAUCUGCUUCUUGAUUCCUUUCCUUGUUUGUUUCUGUUUGUUCUAUCAUAACUUGCGAUGUUCUUCGGCAAUUUUGUUGUUGAUACUCUGUUUUGUUGCUUAGUGAACGAUUUCGAGGUUAUUUAAAUCGAGGUUUAUCUCAAACAAUAGAAAUAUCCGUGCUUCGUUGGAAUUUGGUCUCUUGAGUCUGCACCAUGGCCACUGGACAACUCUUCUCUCGUACUACACAGGCUUUGUUUUACAAUUACAAGCAGCUUCCCAUCCAGCGCAUGCUUGAUUUUGAUUUCCUUUGCGGGAGAGAAACACCAUCUGUGGCUGGAGUUAUUAACCCCGGUGCAGAGGGAUUCCAGAAACUCUUCUUUGGUCAAGAGGAAAUUGCGAUCCCUGUACAUUCAACUAUUGAGGCUGCUUGUGCUGCUCACCCAACUGCUGAUGUAUUUAUAAACUUUGCAUCAUUUAGAAGUGCUGCUGCAUCAUCCAUGGCAGCCCUGAAACAGCCCACCAUUCGAGUUGUGGCAAUAAUAGCUGAGGGAGUUCCUGAGUCCGACACCAAACAAUUAAUUGCGUAUGCACGGUCUAACAAUAAGGUUGUCAUUGGCCCAGCUACUGUUGGAGGCAUUCAGGCUGGAGCAUUCAAGAUAGGCGACACUGCUGGAACAAUUGAUAACAUAAUUGCUGGCAAGUUAUACAGGCCUGGAUCUGUUGGAUUUGUCUCCAAAUCUGGUGGUAUGUCAAAUGAGCUAUACAAUACAAUUGCCCGUGUGACAGAUGGCAUAUAUGAAGGUAUUGCAAUUGGAGGAGAUGUGUUUCCAGGCUCCACUCUUUCUGAUCAUGUUUUGCGGUUUAACAAUAUCCCACAGGUUAAGAUGAUGGUUGUACUUGGGGAACUUGGUGGACGAGAUGAGUAUUCCCUUGUUGAAGCCCUCAAACAGGGAAAGGUUACCAAACCAGUAGUUGCUUGGGUCAGUGGAACAUGUGCUCGGCUCUUCAAAUCAGAAGUACAAUUUGGUCAUGCUGGUGCUAAAAGUGGUGGAGAGAUGGAAUCUGCUCAAGCAAAAAAUCAAGCACUAAAGGAUGCUGGAGCUGUAGUUCCCACAUCGUAUGAAGCUUUUGAGACUGCAAUUAAGGAGACAUUUCAGAUGCUGGUUGAAGAGGGUAAGAUCACACCUGUAAAGGAGAUUAGACCUCCACAAAUCCCUGAGGAUCUUAACACAGCAAUUAAGAGUGGCAAAGUUCGGGCACCAACUCAUAUUAUUUCCACAAUUUCUGAUGACAGAGGUGAAGAGCCAUGCUAUGCUGGUGUGCCAAUGUCUUCAAUUGUUGAAAAGGGUUAUGGUGUUGGUGAUGUCAUCUCUCUUUUGUGGUUCAAACGCAGCCUUCCACGUUACUGUACUCAUUUUAUUGAAAUAUGCAUCAUGCUCUGUGCUGACCAUGGUCCCUGUGUCUCUGGUGCUCACAACACUAUAGUAACAGCAAGGGCUGGAAAGGACCUAGUUUCCAGCCUUGUCUCAGGUUUGCUCACGAUUGGCCCCCGAUUUGGUGGUGCCAUUGAUGAUGCUGCUCGAUACUUUAAGGAUGCUUAUGACAGGGGUCUAACACCCUACGAAUUUGUUGAAGGCAUGAAAAAGAAGGGUAUUCGUGUUCCUGGAAUUGGGCACAGGAUCAAGAGAGGUGACAACAGAGAUAAAAGGGUAGAGCUAUUACAGCGGUUUGCUCGCACACAUUUCCCUUCAGUAAAGUACAUGGAGUAUGCUGUUCAAGUUGAAACCUAUACUCUUUCGAAGGCCAGUAACCUGGUGCUUAAUGUUGAUGGUGCAAUUGGGUCCCUUUUCUUGGAUCUUCUUGCUGGCAGUGGAAUGUUUACCAAACAAGAGAUAGAUGAGAUUGUUGAGAUUGGUUAUUUGAAUGGGCUCUUUGUGUUGGCACGCUCCAUUGGUCUGAUUGGGCACACAUUCGACCAGAAGAGAUUGAAACAGCCACUCUACCGUCACCCAUGGGAGGAUGUUCUCUACACCAAGUGAGAGAAUUGCAGAUGGUAGGUGCUAUGCUGACCUGCUCUCAACUUUCUACAAGCUUUUCAGUAUCCAAAUAUACGGAAUUUGAAAUUUGCUGCGAUGUAUAUGUCCCAUUGUCAGAUUAGUGUUGUACUACUGUUGAUAGGCUGAGGGCCUUAAUUUGUAACUUGUAUCAGAAGUUCACAAGUUGAACUCCAACCAUUUAUUCAGAGAAAUGUUGCAUACGUCUUUUUUUCAGGUUUCAAGGAGAAAUAACUGAGUUGAGAUGCA